AUGUCAGGCGGCCAGGGCUCCGCGCGGCGGCCGCAGCGCUCGGGAGGCGGCGGCACUAUGCCCGCCAACGGUUUCACGUACAUCGGAGGCGAUGGACGCCACCAUCAACCACAAACCCUCAACAACGGUGCACCAGCGCACCACCUCAACAACGGCUCAUUGCGUUCCUUGCCAGACAAAAAGAACCGCAAUGGCGUCGUCUGUCACCCUGAAAACUUCCAACGUAAUCUCGACACCCGAUAUUCGAGGAAACAGGAGAAUGGUUACAUACGUAACUCGGAAACCAUAAUAGGUUUUCCUCGGGACCGGGAGAGGGAGCACGACUACGAGCGGGAUGUCCCCGACUACAGCGAGCCGGAGUACUCCAUCAUCCCUGAGAGCUACGGCCGACCGGAGGACUUCCCUCGCUCGUGCAGCCGCUCCAACACCUUCAACUGUUGAGGGCGGGGAGCUGCAACUCUUCAACUGUUUGUGAUCUUGUAAUUCUAGCAAUAAAUCUUCAUUCCAUUAUUUUUCCUAUGGAUGGACUUUGUGAUGGACGUAGUGUGCUCUAGAGACGUUGGUGUGGGGGUCCGGUGUACGUUCGACCAGUGAGGACUAUCCUAUAUCGCAUUCGAUUUAAGAGAGUACCUUAUAUGUAAAUUACUAUAGUUAAGUAGUUAUGGAUCUAUUUUUCAAUGAAAUGAAAAGUGGGGAGUUUGAAAGUGAGACUUUCAUAUUAUGUAAGGUUGUAUCGUGUCAUCGUACCGUCAUCAUUAACUAGCGAUCACUGUUCGAAGUCAUUGUAAACGGCGACAUGCUUCAGAGAGCGGUUGUAUUUAUUAUUAGUUUGUAUUGUUUUAUCUUACAACGAAACGGCCUUUCAUAAUUCGAUGAUGCGAACGACUGUAAUUCGUACAAUGUACAGACUAGUCGAGAUAAGUUAUCAAGCGGGAGGCUACGAAGAUCACUCCCCGGUUGUGUCACGAGAUUGUAUUUCAUAGAGUGAAUGAUUUGCAAUUUCAUCCACCGGCGACGUGGAGUGGACAUUUGAUUUUGUACAAAAAAAAAACCAUUCCAUAAGAAAUCUUUUAAUGUCUUAUUUUAUAUAUAAGUAAAUUAGUUAAGUGUGCGUUUAAUAAGACACCAAUAUAUAAAGUAUAUUUAGUGUUUAAUGAGUGUAAAUAUAUUUAUAUUAUAUUGAGAUAUUUAUAAAAUUUAAUACGAUCUUGCUCUUAUAAAAAUUAUCAAAAAAAAAAAAAUUUUUUCCAACUUCCCUGUUCUGUAUGAUUUAAUCAUUUUUUCUAUAAACCGAUAUCCUAACACAUCAUAUUUUAUUAUAUCUCUAGAAUGUUAAUAUUAUGUACACUAAAUUCGUAUAAUGUAGGUACAGUAAUGAAGCACGUUUUCAUAUAUCAAACUAUCAAACUCUCAUACUCUACUCCGACCGGUCUGUUUUCGUUGUCACGUCAUGUCAUAUCGUAAUGUUAGUUUUCUAUGUCACAUUAUUCAAUAUUUUUCACAAACGUCUUGGUCGGGCAUCUCGCCUUCCAGGGAUGCAUUAAACAACCUUCUCUAUAUAUGUCAUAGUGUACAGCUCUACAGUCUACACGCCAGUGAACAUAAUCGCGUUCUCGACUAUACAUCUCGAGUCCUUUAUAUUUUUACGAAAUUCUUAUAAUAUUUUAAAUAUUGAUAUCAUUAUUCGAUAUUUAAAUAUAGUCAUUAUAAUUAUCUCAUCUCUAUAAAACGCCUGUUCUGUAGUAAACACUUAAGGACACAUUGUAAAAUCCCUAUUUAUAUGUAUUAUUAUUUAAUAUGCUUUUUUAAAAAAUGCAACACCAAAGAGGGGCUUGUCGAGAAAACAUUUAAAAAAAGUUACGAGAAUACGGAAAAGGUCUGAAAAUUUUAAUAUUUUUUUUAUUAUAAAUAAUCAUGGUUACUUAUUAAUGAUCAAAAUAAACUCUGUGUUUCGGCCCCUCGUUGGUUUUUUGACUAGCAUUUCUCCGGCCUUUUAUUUUCGUUUGUAAAUAUGAAUGGAGAAUUUGAAGACUAAAGCAAUAUAGGCAUGUGUUAGUGCCUAGUGAAUGCCUAAAAAGUAUACAAAAAAAAAUUAUUAAUACAUAUGAGAAAUUGUGAUUAGGAUAUUCACAUUGUAAUAGAUCAUCGGUCACUUCUAUACUUUAUUGUAGUUAUUACCUACAUACAAACUCGAUAAAUAAAACAUACCUCGAU